AUCUGUCAUUGAGCAGUAGCUACACGAUUAUAAAAGUUAGAGCGCAAUAACAGCGAUUACUGCAUGAAAUAAUUAUAGAAUAAGUACAAACAUUUAGUCAGUGUCACUCCACGCAGCAUGGGCUCAGGAGAAAGUACGACGAGAAAAGUGUCUUUUGGUGUGGACGACGAGGACAGAGUCAGGAUCCUGCGCGGAGUCAAGCUCUCAGAAGAUGUUCUCCAGAGGAUGAAAGGUGUGGCCAAUAUUCCUCCAGAGCGUGCACAGAGGGACACAGGUGCGUCUUUCAGCGCCAGCUCUAACACCCGACCACAGCAGAACCCACAGCAAACCCAGUUAAGCACCCAGUCCAGCACUGACAAAACAACUGCUAAAGUCAAGAAAGAGGAGCAGAGGACUGAUCGGCAGCAAAACAUACUGAGGGAGGAAUUGGCCCACAUAAGAGAGGCGCAGACGAUUAAGGAAAUAACUCGGGAAAGACAACAUACACGCCAGGAGGCUGAGAAGACCAAACAGUUGGCUCAAGAGCUCCAGAAAAAAGAGUUACGACUGAAGGCGCUGGAUGCAUUCUAUAAGGAGCAAAUAGCACUAAUAGAGAAGCGGAAUUUGGAGAUUUAUGAACAGAGCAAGGAGCAAUUCCACCAAGCGGCAUCCAAGACAGAAUCAACCGUGAGGUCUCGGAAUACCGGCGCUGUAUGUCCUGGCCUGCAGGCUCAGGUUUUAUCUUGCUACAAGGUGAAUGGACAGCAAACUCUAAGAUGUUCAGACCUGGCCAAAGAAUACAUGCGAUGCAUAAAUGCGGCAAAGAGGAACUACCUGGUCAACCAUGGAUGAAGAAGGAGAAUUUCCGACCAAGGCUUUGACACUACUUCUGAGAGCAUCACCUUCGAUCGUGAUUUUGUGUUGAAUUCCGGGAGAUAGACGGUGCCCUCGGCCUGCCUUGUUGUUGAAAUGUUUUUUUUCUUGUAUGCUAUUCAUCUGCAGUACCAACCAUUGAAAUGAUGUGAUGAAUCGGAACUGCUACAUUUUCCACAGAAAAAAAAAGAAAAAGAGUUAGCGGGUUCGAGGUCUGGCUCAAUACACUUUCAAAUCCAUUUUUUUAUGAGACCAUUAGAGGCUGUUUGGCCGAUUUAAAUGGUAAAGAUUCAUCCAAGGCUCUUUCAUGCGUGCAUGAAUGUCAACUUGCGUUUGCGUCCAGAUUUCUGCUGCUUGUCUAGCGGUAAAAAAGAUGAAUGUAUGGGGACUGCGCAUGGCAUUAUUGUUUCGAUGGUGCACUUUCAAGAGUGGUGGUUUUUCUUUUUCGCGCAUAGUUUUGCGGCCUCAUCGCCGUGACUUUAGUACAAAAAAAGUCUGUAUUGUAUUAUUUGAAUCCAUUAAACUAUCCGCGGUUUAUUUGG